AAUGCUUUGGUCCUGAACUUGUCAGCCACUCCUACGGCAGCGAUUGCCUCCGUCUACCUGUUCCUAUUAGUUCCUUUUUGCGUGCAAGCAAUACUCGUACUCCGAGUGCUCGCCGCGUAUCCCCCGAAAUCCUUGCCGCCUAGUCGUCGACUAGUCAUAUACGGCCCGAUCAUCAUUUUCAAGCUCGCCCGCUUCGCGAACUUGAUAUACAUGGCGGUCCGCCUCGAGCAACUGAUUCAGGCUGGGGGCGGACUGAGUAGCAAUUCGGUGUUCACCGUGUCCCAAGCUGUGUGGACUCUGCCGAGUGCGAAGGCCGAAUGGUUCCUGCAGCUCUUUGACGACACGUACGGAUCUUCAUCUCUAUGA